CUUUGGGGGGGCAGGAGGGGAGGAAGGAAAAAGCCGUAAGCCUAGGAGAAUUGUGCAGAGGGCGCUGGCGGUCGGAAAGGAAGUGGGGAGGGGAGCAGUGCGCAGAUACGGAGAGCAGUGAGCCCGGCGCAUCCGCGGCGGGGCGUUAGUAGCGCUCUCCUAGCAGCGUGUGGGGCUAGCGACGAUGCUCGAGCCGCUGCUAGGAGGCACUCGGGAGGCAGGGAGGGCAUGCGAACGAAGGCGGUGAGGCACAGUUCAGUGUCGCCAUUGCAGCUCUCCCGUGUAGACCUCGACUUUGCGAGCUCUGUGCGCGUGGAGCCGAUUUCCAGUCGAGCGAAAGCCUCCGCGAGGGCUCAGCGCGCGCCCCCCCGAUGCAGAGACACUGCACCGAGCUCACCGAAAGAUUGUUGCAAUCCCUUGACGAGGAGUACAAUGUUGUCGAUAUGGGAGUUGUUGUGGAUGUCAUCACGGCCCUGGAGAAAACGACCAUCACCAAAGAGGUGCUGGAGAUCACUAGGCUUGGAAGAUAUGUUAAUGAACUGCGCCGAAAAACACAUAAUCAGGUUUUGGCCAAACGGGCCAAAGAGCUGGUGCGCAGGUGGAGAAACGCACUUGUUCCAUCUGCCAAUGCCACACCACAACCCCCAGUUGCAGAUACGGCACCACCAGCGCUCAAUGGUGCCAAUGCCCCGAGUCCAGCUCUAAGAUGUCUUGAGCCUCAGAGCCCAGCUCUGAGAGGUCUUAAACCACAGAGCCCUUUGAUGCGAACUACAUCGCUAAGUAGAGUUUCAAGCCCAUUAUUGCACAGUGAUCAGUCUCAUUCUCCGGUGGUCUCGCCAAAUAAACCACAAGUCACUGCAACAAACAACCACAGGUUAAAUUCCAACACUGCUCAAGUAGACGUUAAGUUUGGUAGUCAGAAUCACUCAUCUGAAGCAGUACCACGGACUCACAGUUCAAACAAACGUUUGCGAAAAGAUGAACCAGUACUUGCAAAUGUUGAUGUUUCAAAUAAAAAACAACGUCUAAAUGGUGAAAGUGUAUGUGGAAGUAAUGAAAAUUUACAAGUGCCUAGCCCUACCUUUAAUGAAAAAACUUCAGAACUCGUUGAGCCUUCUUCCAGCACUGAAAGCAAUGUAGUAAAAAAACGUGGCAGGAAAAAGGGCAGUAAAUCAAUUAAGAAUCAAGUGUCUGUAGAGGACAGUGUUAAAGAAAAAUUAGCAAGUAUUUCUAGAAAUAAAAAACUGAAAACCACUCAAGAAUUACUAGCUGAUCUACAGGCUCGAGGAUCUAAUGCAAAUGCCAAUCUUUUACCUAGUCACAGUGUUAAUCAGCCGAAAGUUGAGAAUAAUUUAAGAACAAAAAAUAAUGAGGAUCUGUGCAAAUACUUGUCAGGAAAUCAGAAUAACUCGCUGCAUAAAAAAGCCACAGAUGUGAGAACGCAGCAGCAGAAAUCUGGAAAGAGACAAGAAAAUACUUGCCACUCUUCUCAACAAAAGUAUCCAGAGCCUGAUGUGAGUGACCAAGAUACAGUGGAUUCAGAGAUUACAUCUGAAAAUAAUGGCAGAUUGCCUCAGGAACUGACAGUGGAGGAAAUACUAGCCAAAUUACCUCCUUUAGACCGUAGUUCAAUAGACUGGGGCAGUGGUGAUGAGUAUUGUAGUGACAAUGAAAACGAAACUAAAAAGGUACGUGAAGUUACUGAAGAAGAUCUUGAUAGAUUGCAUAAUGAAUGCAUAGAAGGUUUGAAUGGAAACUUUCAACCAAGACUUUCUUUCGGUAAUAUAAGUGAAACAGAAAAGACUUGUGAAGACGAAGUGAAACUUGAUAGUGUUAUUGGUUUGCGUAGACGUUCAGAUAGCCAUAAGGACGAAGUAUUUCGAGAGUGGCAUGAAAUGCUUGCAAAGCCAAGCUUUGAUGGCCAAAUCCUCCACAUAUUGCCUUAUGUUAUCAUCGAUUAGUCAUUAAAAUUGUUUAAUAUUGCUCACAAAACGUAUAUUUCUGUGCUGACUAUGUCACUCUCAUGCGUAACAUUCAUUUUUUUUAUCAUAGAAUGAUUGUUCAUUUGUUAUCCAUGUUUUUCAUAUCAUAUGAUUGUCAAGAUAGCAUUUUCUAUAUAUUGAAGAUGUAUAUCAUAUAGGAAGCAAAAGAUAUGUGAUGCUGAAAUUUUUAACAGGCAUUCAAUUUUCCUAAUAAUAAUUGUGAUGAUCAAUCAUUAAAGAUAUGUAUUAUUUUUGUUGUAUCAAUAUUAUAUGUUUUUGCAUUGGGCCUUGGUUAUUCUGUAUCUUUUUAACUGACAUCUUUGUUUUACUUUUACAAUUAUACAGAAAUCAUAUAAAAAUCUAAGCCAAAAGAAAUUACUUUCAAGUGAAAAUUGCAUGUUAUUGAUAAAUAAUGCAUUACUACUAUUAUUUCAAGUUCAUUAAAUUAUUUUUUAAAUUUGUUAAAAAUAUUUUGAGAUUUCAAUAUCCUUCUAAUAGAUAUUAAAACUCCAAAAGAAAUAUAAAAAUGAAUGCAAUAUAAGUGUACUUUAUGAUUCGAGUCAGUGACUUGAAAUUCUGCUCAAUGGUUUUUUUUUCUACUACAUUUAUAUUCGAAAUGUAUAGUGUGGAAAGCUUACCACCAAGUAAUUUAUACAUUACUCUGCUAUGAUUUAUUAUAGACUAAGUCAAUUUGAUAAAUAAUUCGAUGAUUAGAACAAUUAUUUUAAUAAUGUAAUAAAUCAUUGAAAAACAAAAAUCUUUCUCUAAACAUUUUUGGAAUCUGUUUUGUUGACAUUGAUUACCCAUAUAAAUGAAUCAUCUUAAAUAACA